AUGCAUUUUAUAACUCAGUCAGCUCCCGACAUCAGGCACAAGCUUAAAAAAGCUGAGGAUGGUCCCCAGGCCCCUCUAGGAGACCUGGUAGAUAUGGCAUUUAAAGUUUUUCAUGCCCAAGAGGAUGAGAGCAAGAGGAGGUCAGCUGCCCGAAUGGCAGAACAGACUCACGCCAUAACAGCUGCUCUGCGGCCAGCUCGUGGAGAUUGUCAGGUGUCCCUGAAGAUCGACUCGAACCUCUGGGCCCUUGCUUUUGGUGAGGUGAAGAAGGGCACUGGGCACGGAAGUGCCCCAACCAACCACGCAGACCGACGAGACCAUGCCGCAGCUGUGGGGCUUUUAGUACCGACUAACUCUCCAUGCAAUACUCCCAUCUUGCCGGUGAAAAAGCCUUCUGGAGAGUAUCGCCUCGUUCAGGACGUCCGAAUAAUUUAUGAGGCUGUUAUUCCCUUACACCCAGAAAGGGGCUUCCUUACCACCAAGGGAACCCCAAUCAUCAAUGGCAGGUCUAUCAGCCACCUGCUACAGGUCCUACAGGACCCCAAAGAGGUGGCCAUCAUGCAUUGUAAGGGACAUCAGACUGGAAAUGAUCCAGUAACCAGAGGGUGGAUUGAAGCCUUCCCCACUAGCCAGGAAACAGCUUUGGUAGUUGCACAGAAAUUGGUAGCGCAUAUCAUUCCCCACUUUGGCCUGCCUGCCUUGCUACAGUUGGACAAUGGGCCUGCUUUUGUCUCUCGGGUCACUCAGCUAACAGCCGAGACUCUCAACAUCACCUGGAACCUCCAUAUACCCUAUCACCCCCAAUUGUCGGUUCUCCCUGAGGCAAUGGAUAUGUCUGACCAAAUAAUAGACCCUUUGAAGCCAGGAGGUUUUCAGAAGAAUGGGCACAACCCUGCCACAGCCUUGAGGGAACGAAAGACUAAGCGUGGUUUGGGCGGCGAGGGGUUGGGCUGGGCGCCUUCUGGGGAACGGGCUGGGGUCGAGCCCCUAGGGCUGCGGAGGCCCGGGACGCAGCCGCCCCGCAGCCCCCGCCCCGAGCUGUGGUCGCGCGCUUGCGUGCUACGGUCGAAGCGCCCGACCCAGAGGCCGGCCCCAGAAAACCCCGAGCGAGGAGGGGGCGGCGCGCAGGAAGGGAGGAGAGCCGGGGGCGUGGGUGGGUGGGUGUUGGGGGCUGGAGAUGUAGAUGCGACGCCGCGGUCGGCCGGUGGCAGACCGGUGGACGCGGUCCCGCGGUGGCACCCGGACCGUGGGCACCGCAGCCUGGGGACGAGGCCCUCUCGGGAGUCGCAGCCGCGGAGGCAGCCAGCCCUGAACCCCAGCUCCCCGGCCUCCCGGCUCCCUACCCUGCAGAGCCGGCGCGGAGGGCAGCGGCCGAGCGGCGCGAGCGGCGCGAGACUGGGGGCCAGCGGGCGCGGCCGCGCGCCGCGGGGCGGGAGGCUGGGGGGCCGGGGCCGGGGCCGCUCCCCGGAGCGGCUCGGAGGCCGGGGCCGGGGCCGGGGCUCGGCGGCUCCGCGCGCCGCUGCAGGGGCUCGGGGACCCCGGCAGGGCCCCGGCGGGGCCAUGGCAGCCGGGAGCAUCACCACGCUGCCCGCGCUGCCGGAGGACGGCGGCAGCGGCGCCUUCCCGCCCGGCCACUUCAAGGACCCGAAGCGUCUGUACUGCAAAAACGGGGGCUUCUUCCUGCGCAUCCACCCUGACGGCCGCGUGGACGGGGUCCGGGAGAAGAGCGACCCUCACAUCAAACUACAACUUCAAGCAGAAGAGAGAGGAGUUGUGUCUAUCAAAGGAGUGUGUGCGAACCGGUAUCUUGCUAUGAAGGAAGAUGGAAGACUACUGGCCUCGAAAUGUGUUACGGAUGAGUGUUUCUUUUUUGAACGAUUGGAAUCUAAUAACUACAACACUUACCGGUCAAGGAAAUAUUCCAGUUGGUAUGUGGCACUGAAACGAACUGGGCAAUAUAAACUUGGACCCAAAACAGGACCUGGGCAGAAAGCUAUACUUUUUCUUCCAAUGUCUGCUAAGAGCUGAUCUUAAUGGAAGCAU